GUGAAUAUUGCUCUUUGAACUUUUACAAAGUAAACUUGCCAGAUGCUUAAAAUUUUACUUUUAAAUGUUAAGCAAUUUGAAAUAUUUUAAUUUAUGUAUACUGAAACUUAGCAGCAUUGAUCAUCUCAAUAAACAAAUGUUACAUUUUUACAUCUGUAGUCUGUGUUAAAAUGUUGGCAUUUAUGGGGUCUUGAAGCACUGGGGAGCUAUGGAGCCGCUGACUUUAUUAGGAUUAAACAAAAGUGCAAAUAAUUAAUAUUCAUUUUAAUCGUAUUUUUUUAUUUGUUGUUUUUAAGACCAAUUAUGCGCUUAAAUAGCAUUUCACUGGAGAUGUCUUCCCGUAACAUAACUACCCAGUAACAUUUUUGCAUUUCCCUGUCUACUUAACAUCUUUUAAUACAAAAACACAGUGGACAUCCGGUGGACCCCACCGGUGCCCUGACCACCGGGUUUAGCACGUUUUCAGGGGGAAAACUGCUGAUUCAUUCAUAGGUCUGGAUUUCUGGGUUGACUUCUGUCAAAAUUACUAGUAACAAGCAGAUAUUUUUAUACCACACUCAGAAUUUUUAAAGUUGUACUAUCUAUGUGCAAAUUGUGGCACCACACAUACACAAACUCCUCCACAUUCAAGUAACUCGGGUAAAUGUGCAUCCAUAGAUUUCUUCAAGAGACCAUGACAUCAACCACAAAUUCACUGAAGCAACAGAAAAAUUGUGUGCAUCAGGCCUCACACCAAAUGAGCAUCAUCUUUUGAUGGAGGAUUAUGAAAAACAAUGAGGAACAUCACACAAAGAAAAUUGCUACAAAGGCAAAUAGAGUGAAUGCGUAAUUAGCCUAAAAUAUAAAUGUGACAAACUUUUAACUAAAGGACGUCCUAAUCAUACCAUUCAAGGAUUUCCCUGUCAUUUUCUCAAAUUAAUAACUUUAAACUUAAGAAUGAACAGUGGAAUCCAUUAUUGUAGCCUGUGCGAAUCCGACAAAGAAUUCAUUCCUUUUUUUUUUUUUUGUUACACAACUUAAUAUUUAUAAAUUUUCAUAUAACGUUGACAACAAUGUAAAAAACAAGGAAGGUAUCGACCUAUCUCGCCUUCAGAUUACAAUAUGUUUAACUUCCUGUUUGAGUAGAGAUGCUUUUGUUUUGAAAUGACAACUUCCUGUUCAACGGUUAGCGUAAAUUCAGCUUAACGGCAAACGACAUACAGAAGUUGUAACGGAGCUUAUAAAAAGGUAUUUUAUUAGCUGCCCCCUUUAUAGCGGCUCAAGGUAUGUUUAUUGACGGAAAUAAGUACAUAUCUGAAAUAUUGUGUGAUUUAAACUGCUUUUGUCGUUAUAUUCCAAAACUACGAGUUAUUUUAGAUUAAACGAUAUUAGCAGGUACAGUUAUAUUUUUUUUUUAGCUAAGCUGGUUUAUUGCCGUUAAACCUAAUUAUUCAUCAGGUUUAACUCUCAUGGGUUCAAACGGAAAUGAGACGGUGGGGGAGUUGAAAAUAGGACGAAAAUAAAAUAAGAUAAACUUCCAGUUGAGCCGAGAGCAGAACAGGGUGAGCGCGACGGAAGAAACCAGCAACGGACAAAAGCAACCGCUCAAACACUGCGGCGGUUGACGCUGAUAACUGACAGGGGCGCGUGCAGGACAGCCAUUAUUGGAGGGCGCGCUCAAAACUCUCACUGCACCUGAUCCACACGAACAACAGCCACAUUCCCAACACCAACCUAACCUACACAUGAACGCGAUGCGCAUGGCACAGAAACCACCGAUCUGAUCCAUACACACACACAUAUGCCCGCAUAACUUUUUGUCUUUUUAUUAACAAAUUAUAACGACAGGAAAGCAACGCCUACCUGUGUGACAAGGAGAGACGCUGAUUCCCAGGCUCAUGUGGUUUACUUGAGAUUUCCCGGGGAGGAUGUGAAGCGACUGCAUUUACACUCUGUGACAAACGUUUCGUCUGGAUUUAACGGUUUAACUCUCCCAGUGUAGCGUGACCCUGAGGACGAGCGAAGCGGCAGACGAUGUCACGGUCUGUCAAUGGAGAAUCGAUGUUGUCCCGUCAGCGGCUCGGUUCCAGAAACUACCAAAAAAAAAACAACAUUUAAAAAAAAAAAAAAAGCUCAUCAAAGCGUACACAUGCAGGAUAUAUAUAAAAAAACUCUGUUGGGGUCAGUGCGACUCCUCUCAGAAGUACGUCAAGGUUAAAAGUCCGGUUAUUCAAUUUUAGCUAGCUUCACGGCAUUGUCACGUUUAGCUCACAGAAAGAACGAGCACCAAGCCGCCAAAUAAACAAAACAGAACAGUAACAUUAAGAUUUAAGACGCUCACACAUGUGGUGAAAAUAAAAAGUACAAUACCUACCGUUUUUUUUUUUUACUCUGAGGAAAAUCUCAAGGUACGCACAGUGCGUACUGCCGUAAAGCUGCACGCGCCCCUCAUUACUAACGUAGAAACUAGGUUAGCUUAAUCAGACAAAUACGAAUCAGCUGGUAGAGAAUGCAGGGCAGAAAAAGUGGGGGAAAUGAUUAAUAAACACAGAAAACAAAAGUAUCAACAAAGUAAAAGGCCCACCACUAACAUACGGGAAUAUAUCAAAAUAUACAAAGAGAACGUACGUGGUAAGACCCAAACAACAGUAAUGAACAACAAACACCCCGUGGGUCAUGACAUUAAGGCAUAGCAAUAUUAGCAUACGUAAAUUUCAUAAUUUUAUUAAAGUAAUGAAAUAUAUUUUCCUUGUUAAAUUAAAUUUAGAUAGAAAAAAAUUACCUUAAUCAAACUUCAAUGACAAGUGCUUAACCUGUUGCACUGCACACAUGCACAAAACCAUUCAGGUAAUAAAAUAAUAACGCAUCAGAUUUUAUUCAUAAUGUCCUUUGUUUGUUGAGACCUCGAAGGGCUACAAAGAUUGAGAAAUUAAACAAGCAGUUAGAGUGGACAAAAAUACAUAAAUGAAUAAAAGAGGUUAAAAUGGAUGAAUAGGAUAGGAAUAAGGUCUGAUUCCUGAGGACCACCACAUGUCACUGUCGAUUUGAUGUCGAGUGACCCAUGGAGAUGAAUUCUGUUUGGUUGUGCGGUAAGAUUGGAACCAACAGAGGGCAGUGUCAGUGCUGAAGUGAAGCCUGUUGAGUAAGAUGCCAUGGUCCACUGUGUCAAACACAGCAGGUAAGUCCAGGAGAGUGAGGGUGGAGGGAGAAACCACACUGAGAUUUUUCAUGCAGGUUAUUGAGUUUUUAGAUGAUAUUGUUGGUGGAUUUCAACUGCUUUCUCUAGAACUUUAGAUACAAAAAGCAAAUUUGGAGAUGGGCCUGCCCUGUAGUUGAAAAGGACUUGUUGAUCAAGAGUGGGUUUUUGAGGAAUGCUCUGAUAAUGUCUUUCUUUAAUUUGGAGGGGACAUGACCAAAUUGGAAAGACUGGUUUCUAACAGAGAUGAUUAGGGAGUUAAGGCAGUGAUAUUGGUUUUUACCAGGUAGGUUGGGAAUGGGUUUAUGCAAAGCAUUCAAAUGUUCAGAUAAUGGGAGCAAAGAUUGUACUAUAGAUUGUAGUGAUAGAUGACUGACUGACUGCCCCCACUUUUCACACUUUGUUUCACUUUAUUGUUUCAGAUAUUUCAGCUAUUAAGAGGAUAUAGAAAAAGAGGAACCUCUAUUUCUGUUUCCAUUUUUGCAAAUUUCCAAGUGGAAAAUUUGGUCUUUUGGCAAUCCCUUUAACAUUCUACCACGUAGCUACUUUUUAAAAAGCUGUUAGAUGAGUUUGACGUUCUAGAAACAUGUAGAAAUUGCCCAGUAAGAUUUCAAAUAAACUACUCUACAUUCUGUUUUUGAAGAGCGAAUCAUUUCCUGUGUUCGUGAAACUUCUUGCAGUUUACAGACGGCGCUUUGCGGAGAACUGAAGAUGUUGCUGUGGGUCAUUCUUGUUCUGGAUUUGGGGGUUUCCGCCGUGAUGCUGCCGGCAAUCACUGAUGAGAACUUCAUCGCUGAGUGUGUGGAGGAGCACAACAAAGCCCGCUCAGCUGUCAGCCCACCUGCAAACGACAUGCUGUACAUGUCGUGGGAUGAGGCGUUGGCUAUUUCUGCCAGAGCGUGGGCAAAACAUUGCAAUGAUCGACACAACGUCCACCUCAGGGAGGUCGGCAACAUGCACCCCACUUUUACCUCUGUGGGAGAGAACAUCUGGACGGGCCCGCUGGAUGAGUUCAGCGUAAAGAAUGCCAUUCAAAAGUGGGUGGAUGAAGCCAAGCUAUACAGCUACAAGGAAGACAGAUGCACAGCUGUUUGUGACCACUACAGACAGGUUGUGUGGGCACAAAGCUACAAGGUUGGCUGCGCUGUAGUGCACUGUCCACACAGUAUCAAAAACUUUGAUCGUCCGGGUGCCAUUUUUGUAUGCAACUACGCCCCAGGUGGAGAUAUCGAUGGAAUUCAGCCUUAUGCAACUACUGGGGAUCCAUGCUCUGGAUGCAAAGGCGAAUGCAACAACAAAAUGUGUAGUAAUCUACAACGAGAUUCCAGAAAAAACUACAACUGGGCUCCGCGCUGGGACACUGCUUCACCUACAAGCAGUGCUGCACCUUGCAACUCUUUUCUGGAUAUCCUGAUCAUGCGGCCCAUCACCUUCAUCUUGAUGUGCAAUGCUGCAUACGCAGUCCAUUACUUCUGGCCCUCUCUCUUGUGCUAUGAGUAGUUUUUGGUCUACAGGGAGACCCAGAUGGAUGGCGUCCCACAAUGACCUCCAAAUGUUCAUCUCUAUUAUCUCAACCACAAAAUGUUACCAUAACCUUAUAUCUGUGAUUUUUCUGUGGAUGAUGCUUGUAUGGACAAAAUCUACCAUACAAAAGCACGUCCAAGUCUUUAUUGAACUAAACCUGAAUUCCCUUUAACUAACAGUGUUUCUACAUUCAGAUGUGACAAUCAGUUUUCUUCUUAACAUUAAAAGCUGCAAAAGGUA